UCUUUCCGUUCACUUUCCUCUCGCCUGUUGUCCUUGUCCUUUUGUUAUCAUUGAUUCUUCAUCUCCCCCCCCCCCCCCCCCCCAACUCUUGUCUGUCGCUUCACUUUCUUCCAGUACCAGACGACUCCUCUCUCUCUCUCUCAUCAUUGAUUCCAGGCAUGGCUUCAGCUAUCGACGAAGGAGGAGAAAGAGAUUUAGAAAAGGGCCUAAUGACUCCGCCAUCAAACCAAAACCCUAACGCUAUUGUUGAUCCAUCUCCAUCGCUGUCCCCAUCACCAUCAACCGCGCCUGCUCUGGUCUUAUCAAAUUCCGGCAAGCGGAUCGACCAGGCAGGUAAGAAGAAGUAUGUGAAGCAGGUGACCGGCAGGCACAACGACACAGAGCUGCAUCUGGCAGCGCAGAGGGGUGAUCUGGCAGCGGUAAAGCAGAUUCUGGGCGAUAUUGACUCACAGAUGGUGGGGACGCUGAGCAGAGCGGACUUUGAUGCUGAGGUGGCGGAGAUCCGGGCGUCUGUGGUCAAUGAGGUGAAUGAGUUGGGGGAGACUGCACUGUUUACUGCGGCAGAAAGGGGGCAUUUUGAGGUUGUGAAGGAGUUAUUGAAGUAUGCUAAUAAUGAUACCGUUUCAAAGAAGAAUCGGUCUGGGUUUGAUCCUCUCCAUAUUGCUGCCAGUCGAGGACACCACGAAAUUGUUCAAGUGUUACUAGACCAGUAUCCAGAGCUUACUAAAACAGUCGGCCCAUCAAACACAACCCCUCUCAUGUCUGCGGCAACAAGGGGGCAUACAACUGUAGUCAAUGAGCUACUAUCGAAGGAUUGUACCUUGUUAGAGAUUUCUAGAUCAAAUGGCAAAAAUGCAUUGCAUUUGGCUGCCCGACAGGGACACAUGGACAUUGUGAAGGCGUUGCUCGACAAAGAUCCACAGCUGGCUAGAAGGACUGACAAGAAAGGGCAGACUGCAUUGCAUAUGGCUGUAAAAGGGGUUAGUUGUGAAGUUGUCAAAUUGCUUCUAGAGGCUGAUGCUGCCAUUGUGAUGCUGCCGGACAAGUUUGGCAACACAGCGUUACAUAUAGCCACCAGGAAAAAACGAGCUGAGAUUGUGAAUGAGUUGUUAUGCCUCCCAGACACCAAUGUUAAUGCCCUAAACAGAGAUCACAAAACAGCUCUUGACAUAGCCGAAGGGCUUCCCCUGUCUGAGGACUCCUCCAAUAUAAAAGAGUGCCUUUAUCGCUAUGGUGCUGUCAGAGCUAAUGAACUGAACCAACCAAGGGAUGAGUUGAGAAAAACCGUGACUCAGAUCAAGAAAGACGUACACACACAGCUUGAACAAACCAUGAGGACCAACAAAAACGUCCAUGGAAUUGCUAAAAGGCUCAGAAAACUCCAUCGUGAGGGGAUCAAUAAUGCCACUAACUCAGUGACUGUGGUCGCCGUCCUUUUUGCUACAGUUGCUUUUGCGGCUAUUUUCACAGUACCAGGUGGGGAUCUUGACAGUGGAGAAGCCGUGGUGGCAAACACAAUUUCCUUUAAAAUCUUCUUCAUUUUCAAUGCCAUUGCCCUAUUUACGUCUUUGGCUGUUGUGGUGGUUCAAAUCACGUUGGUUAGAGGAGAGACAAAAGCUGAGAGAAGGGUAGUGGAAGUGAUCAACAAGUUGAUGUGGUUGGCUUCUGUUUGCACCUCUGUGGCGUUCAUGGCCGCCUCUUAUAUAGUGGUUGGUCGGCGGUACAUGUGGGCAGCGAUUUUGGUUACAGUUGUUGGCGGAGUCAUAAUGGCUGGGGUGCUUGGCACCAUGACUUACUAUGUGGUGAAGUCAAAGAGGACUCGGUCAAUGAGGAAGAAGGAGAAGCAUAGGAGUGGGUCCACCUCUUGGCAUCACUCAGAGUUUUCUAACUCGGAACUUGAUCGGAUUUAUGCCCUUUAAUGUGCCUAUUAUAUAACCUUUGGGGUUGGAAAAUUUGAAGGGAACAAAGUAGGGAAAGGAUCUUCAGUUGGACUAGCUAAAAGAUCGUGAACGUUGCAAUCCUGUGGUUGCAUAGUAUGCAUAUGUCAAGCCUUGGUUUUUAUUUUGGUAAAGGGGAAAGAGGGAAAUGGUGAGUACUUUCAUUUUGUUCUGCAGAUAUGGAGUUGAAGACCUAUUUACGUUUUAGUAAUUUCUUGAGACUCGUAAUCAAGUAUGAAAUUACGUGAAGCCAUUACAGUCAUUUUCGGCUGCAAGAGUAUGCAUUGAUGAUCAUUUGAAACUACGCUUACUGAAUCUACCUGAUGUGGGCUCCGAAAGGUGGAUAUUUCAACUUCUUAGUAUAGUGUUUGUUCAGUAUGUUUUACACUUGCUGUGUAAUAUUUGAUCACUGCUCCCCUCAGGGCUGACUAGUGGCUAUAUCCUCAUAAUUUUCUGACUAGUUGGCAUCAUCAACCAACGAUGCAACUUAGGUAGGCUGGUAUGGAUUCUGGGUAAUUGGUGGUUGUAUGAUUCAUAGGUGUCUUUAUGAAAAACUUUUGUAGAGCAUGGAUUAGCCUUUCA